AUCAACAUCAACAAUAGGAAACACCAACGAUAUGCGAAAUCAAAGCCUACUCACUCCUACUUCACUACCUCGAUCAGGUGUUAAAGAUGAAGAACUCUUAGUAUAUUGGGAAGAUUCAUCUCAUCAUCGAUCAAGAACAUCUAAUCUGACUCCUUUGAAACCAAAACCAAAGCGAGAUUCUACGGCUGCAGGAAUACCUUCACCUUCAAAAACAGUCAUUGACGUUCAUUCUUCCCCUUCAAAUGGGCUCCCACAAGCUCCACUGGCUUUAUCCACCGCAAGUGAAUCACGCAGGUCACUUAGGCAACAUAAGCGAUUGAGAGACCGUCAAUCUUUGAGCGAUGGGAAAGCUGUAGUCAUCGCCUCUGAAAGCGCGUCGAAUAGCGCGUCUUCUACACCGCGUCCCAACCCAGAGAUUGAUGUUUUGCUUAAUCGUCUGGCAGAGAGAGUCGACAAGACGAAAGCCAAAGCCUGCGGCCAGUCUCUGUUAGCCCCGAAACGGUUGACUAAGAGCCCAAGUCGAACACCUACCAAAACUACCCCCAUCCUUCCCCGCGUUCUCGCUUCGACCACUAAUACUAAUAAUCCUCAUCUUCACAAACGUACCCCUGAUAAUCGGAGCCCGAAACUCCUUCUGGGGACCACAGUCUCUAAACCUGGCCUCAAACCCAACGCGCAUACCUUACAAACGUCCAAUCGAGCACCACUCAAAGUUACUAGUCUAGCAUUACAAUCUAAAGCCGCACCCUCUUUGCCGAAGCUUCCUUUGAACUCUAUUUCCAACCCUCCUUCUGAUCGAUCAGUACCCCUUACACGCACGUCACGCCCUACAGUCUCUACUACCAACGGCCCUGCCCGCAAACCUCCAAACACGAACUCUGUUAAUCCAGCAAAUGGGCCUCGCCUGGCUUCAGUAGCAAAAGCCCCACCACCAUCUACCAAAAACCCAACAGCGAUUUCUAGGGUGCCUGCCAAGGUACCACCGCCUGUCCCAAAAGUCACAACAGCUGCAGGACCAAAAAUCUUACCGCGUGUACAACCUCUCGCCAAUCCCGUUAAAACCAAUUUCAAUAAAACGAACGUUACGACUAUGAAACCUUUUACAACAAAAACUCCCGUGAUCGCACCGACCAUAACGAAGACCACCAAGAUCACCCCAAUCACCAGGAAGACGACCACUACAACAUCUAUUACCUCCCCAUCUAUUAAUUCUACAACCAAGUCUGUUCAACAUCAUCAUGAUGAAUCAAUUUCUUUACUUAGUGGACUUUGCGCUGGUGACUUGGAUUGGGAUUUAGACGAUUGAUUAACAAUAGUGAAAGCUCACAAUAUCUUUGAUAAUAUAGUUUUAUUUUUUUCUGUAUCAUUAGAUAAUUUCAUACGUUGCUCUCUUUACGACUCUUUAACAAUAUGUAACUCAUCAUGCUUUUAUCACCACUGAGCCCUUCUCACAUUUACAUUUAGCUCAACAGGUGCACGUGGCCGUAUACUUCGAUAUAUGGCUAGAUUUUUCUGAACAUUCAACUUUCCUGUGUCACAUUUGUUUAUAAUGGGUAUCAAGUCUUUAAAAUAAUGAUGGGAUUCAUUUAGGUAAUUGUAGAUCAUAUCUCAUUGAGUCCUUUACAUGAAACAUCAAAAUCAUUAAAGAAGGGGUUAGACAUAAAUAGUUAAACAGGAAGUUUCCUUUUCUGCAUCAUCACUUGAAACCCCUUUUGAAUUAUGUCUUGUGGUGUACAUAUAAAUCUGAAUAGAUUCCAGCCUAGAUCAUAUUUUGAUGUGAUUAUUGCUUUUAUUAUCCAUCUUCACUUUUUAACCAAAUGAUAUAUUCAUCAUACAUGUGGAGAUCUCGAGACUUGAUGCCUAUGUGAAAAACAUCCAAAGUUACUCAUAAUACUAUUAUCAGAAAUUGUAAUAAUCUUGAAGCUAUCACAUAAAGGAUUGAUCUUGUUCUGAAUUGUCUGAGUUUUGUAUACUCU